AUGACGACGACGUCCGACCCGAAUCCUAUGACAACCCAACGAGGCGCGGCGCCUCUGACGACCGUCUUCACAACGCCCGACUUUUGCAACCCCCUCGACUGGACAAACACAAUCACGCCGCCCCUCUCGAGCGUGGUGUGCAUGCCGACGUCAUGGCGCCAGGUCAACGACUACAGCUGGGGCUACUACUCCCCCGGCAUCUGCCCCUCGGGCUACACCGAAGGCUGCGCGUUCCCGACCUGGCUCGCGACCUCCCAGGGCGGCUUCAUCGGCAUGGGCGGGCCCGUGACCGUGGGGGAGACGCCGCGGCUGUGUUGCCCGACGGGCUACGUUUGCUACACGGACACCAAGAGCUACGGGUACAGCAAGUGCAUCUCCACGGAGCCGAUAAAGUCGUAUUAUAAUAGCAAUAAUCACAUCACGACGCAGCUUGCGCUGGUGUAUGCCGUGCAGGUGCGGUGGGCGAGCAGGGAUUUGAGUAUCCUGGAGACGGAUCCGACGGUGCCGGGCGCGACGUACACGGGGCCGAUACCGACGGAGACGGGACGAAUCACAGGGUCGGGGACGGGCGCACUGGCGGGGAGUCAUUCGAAUUCGGGGGCGACGGCGAUACCGACGACGAUACCGGGUGGCGGGUCAUCAUCGGGAGAAGGAGGCGGCAUCUCGGUCGGCACGACGGUAGCGAUCGCGGUCGGAUCGGUCGUGGGGACGCUCGUGCUGGCGCUGCUGACCUUUAUGAUCUUGUGGCGAAGACGAAAGAGGCGACACUUACAAAAGCUGGCGUCGGGCGAGAACAGCGGCGGCGGCGGCGGCGGCGGGGACAGCGAUUCGAAAUCAGAUUCUGUGGCGCCGACGAUGGCGCACAAGGCGCCGGUGGGCAAGUCUUCCCUGGACAUCACCUCGCCCAGUACGGCGAGACCGGGGACGGGGACGACGAUUGUGGGUGACGAGCCGCUCAACUCGCCCACCACGACGACACAGCUCGACUCGACGACGGUGAUGGAGAUGGAGACGAUGGAGCGGCCGCAGGAGUUGCCUGAUACCAAUGAGGUUUUCGAGAUGGAGGGUGAUAUGCCGGGGCCGCCUCUGUACCGGGAGAAGGAAGGGUGGCCUCUGAGGUGA